AAUGUCAGAUUCCGACUAGCUUGACAGUUCUGAGCUGAUCUGUGUGUUCAACAAUGUAGAUCCAGGAAGCCCUCUUGAGAACAUAUUAUUUGUGUCUUAUCUGUGUAUCUUUAUGGACAUUUAUUCAUCACUUGGUUUCGUGUCCUCUGGAGGCCCGCCGACUGGGACAAAUGUGGACGCCAAUGACCGACUGUCCGUGUGGCUGUCAGUAUUACCGGCGGUGGUGAAAUGCUCGUGUUUUUUCUAAAUCUCAUUGUCACGGUCACGUCCAGGCACCAUCAAUAAACUUUCAAAAUGAGGAUCUUCGUGUCUUUGCUAAAAAACAUUAACACCAAAAUCGAGUAUUACUCCAGAUUUUCGCCAUCCCCGCUCUCCAUUAAGCAGUUUUUGGAUUUUGGCAGGGACAAUGCUUGUGAAAAAACAUCCUACAUGUUCCUGCGUAAGGAGCUGCCGGUGCGGCUGGCCAACACCAUGAGAGAGGUCAACCUGCUGCCAGACAACCUGCUCAGCCAGCCCUCCAUCAGACUGGUGCAGAAAUGGUACAUGCAGAGCUUCGUGGAGCUGCUGGAUUAUGAGAACAGAAAGCCAGAGGACCCUCACGCUUUGAAUGAAUUCCUGGAGCUCUUGAUUGAGAUCCGUAACCGUCACAACGACGUGGUUCCCACCAUGGCUCAGGGAGUCAUCGAGUACAAGGAGAAGUUUGGCUUUGACCCCUUCAUCAGCAGCAACAUCCAGUACUUCCUUGACCGCUUCUACACCAACCGCAUCUCUUUCCGCAUGCUCAUCAACCAGCACACUCUCCUGUUUGGUAACGACACCAACCCUGCCCAUCCGAAACACAUAGGCAGUAUUGAUCCCACCUGCAGCGUGGCUGAAGUUGUCAGUGAUGCCUACGACACAGCCAAGAUGCUGUGUGAGAAGUACUACUUGGCUGCUCCCGAGCUGAAGAUUGAAGAGUUCAACAUGAAGGCCCCUAAAAAGCCCAUCCAGGCAGUGUAUGUGCCCUCCCAUCUGUUCCACAUGCUGUUUGAGCUCUUCAAGAACUCAAUGAGAGCCACAGUCGAGCUUCAUGAGAACAGUGAAGAGGCAUUGCCACCAGUAAAGGCAAAAGUCACUCUGGGUAAAGAGGAUCUUUCUAUAAAGAUCAGCGACAGAGGAGGAGGAGUCCCUCUGAGGAAGAUAGACCGCCUGUUUAACUACAUGUACUCCACUGCUCCUACACCAAGCCUGGAGCCAGGAGCUGUCCCACUGGCUGGUUUUGGCUAUGGUUUGCCGAUUUCUAGGCUCUAUGCCCGAUACUUCCAGGGGGACCUGAAACUCUACUCCAUGGAGGGCGUUGGCACCGAUGCUGUCAUCUAUCUGAAGGCCCUGUCCAGCGAGUCCUUUGAGCGUCUGCCCGUCUUCAACAAGUCAGCGUGGCGGCAUUACAAAACCAGCCCCGAAGCGGACGACUGGAGCAACCCCAGCAAAGAGCCGCGUGAUGCCACUCCAUCUGAUGUGAAAAGAAAGGAGUGUAAAUGAAGAAUUCAGUAUGGAAAGUGUCCUCGUCCUGUAGGUUCUCCGCUUUUCAGCCUCACUGAAAGAUUUCAUCACUGCCAAUGCCUUCGUAACCUGCCAGUCUCACUGAUGCUCGGUGACAAACCUGCUGUAAGGAAGUUUAUACGCUAGAGACAACAGUCCUCUUCGUUUUGGUUGACUCAGUUUACCACCUUUAAUCAGUUAUAAUCACAUUUAACAGACUGUUCGCAAAGUUCACACCUUUGUCAAAGUUUCAAUUCCAGUUGUGUGAUUUGGAAGCCCGAGGUUGUUUCAUCUUCUGUAGUUGUCAACCUUUACUGUUAAAGACUGUCUCUGUUCCUCUGGUAUUUUAGAAAAUAUGGUGUAUUUAACUAUUAACUUGCUGUUUGUGCAGCCAGUGUGGAAUGAUUGUUUUCCAUCCUACUGUACCUCCAGCUUGAACAAAUGUAUUCAUAUUUGCAUGAACUCCUCACUGCGGAGGUGGUCACGCAAACAUAUGCAACUAUAUACCAAAAAAAGUGAUAGAACAGUCUUAAUGGUUUGAUUCAGCAUGAGAUCAACUUGUCAAACCUGACAAUAAAGAAAACUGGUGUUGUGUGCAAUCCA